CUUCAUUUAGUAUGAUCAGUCCAUGAAAGUGCAUGUUUCUCUAACAAAACUGCAAAAACUACAAAAUCAAAUCAAAACCAUAAUAGACUCUGUACUCCCAGACUAGUAGUAACUUUACAUAAGAUAUUUUUAUUUCUUGUUUGUGGGGUUGGGGGAUAGUGGAAAAAGUGCAGCCUUUCUCUUUCAUGGAGGUGAAGAAGGACCCCACAUACUUUCUCCCCUCUGCACUUUUAAUCACAUUUAUCAGAUUUUUUUAUUAAUUUUAUCUUUUGGAACUUCUGUCUGAACCUAAAAAAAUCCAGUCCCACAAAAGUUUCACUUCACCUCAUCUGCUGUUGUUGUGUGUGUGUGUCUGUUUGUGUGGGUGGGAGAGAGAGACAGAGAGCCCCUUCUGAAAAAAGGUCGGAUCUUUUUAGGGUUUUAAUGAGAUAUAAAGCAAAGCUGUACGAAGCUCAUGUUCUUCUGUUUCCUUCCUGUUGAUUCUCCAGUUAAAAGGCGCGGGUUCAUCUCCGGCAAACUAAAAGAUAGAGAAGAAGAAAAAAACGAAAAAGGAAAAAGAAAAAUCCUUUUUUCACCAGUUCAGCUGAACUGUGAGUACAAAAUUGUAAAUUUGCAAAAAAUAUGGGAUACCUUUGUGAUUUUUGUGGGGAACAAAGAUCCAUGGUAUACUGCCGUUCGGAUUCCGCUAGCUUAUGUUUGUCGUGUGAUCGUAACGUACAUUCUGCAAAUGCUCUCUCUAAACGCCACUUGAGGACACUCAUUUGCGAGAGAUGCAAUUCUCAGCCCGCUUUCGUUAGAUGCGCACAGGAAAAAGUAUCCCUUUGUCAAAACUGUGAUUGGUCGGGCCACGCUGGCCCGAGCACAGGCCCGUCUCACAAGAGGCAAGCCAUUCAUUGCUACACGGGCUGCCCAUCCGCUUCUGAACUUUCUGAAAUGUGGUCUUUUCUGUUGGACUCGGGCUGUGAGCAGGGAAUGGGCUCAAUGAGCAUUGCGGAUGAAGGGCCUAAGGAGAAUACGAAUGAUGAGUUUCAUUUGGGGGAAGUAGGUGAAUCAACGGCUGGGAUCGAGUUGUUGCCAGGUGGAUCGACUGCCUCAGCUAUUCAAAAGGUUUCCAUGUCUGGAGCUAAGGAAAGUGUUGCGUGUGAUGAUAGCUUUUAUGAUGAUUUGAUUAUAGACGAGGUUGACCUGAGUUUUGAAAACUACGAAGAGCUUUUUGGUGUUUCUCUCGAUAACGCGGAGCAGCUAUUUGGAGAUGUUGGUAUUGAAGGGAUUUUCGGGACGAAAGACAUGUCUGAGUCACAGGGUGCUUAUGCAGCUGAGGGAUCGACACUUGGAGGGUUCAAAAUGAUUCAACCAGCUUGCAGCAACGCAGCAUCUGCUGACUCGGUUAUGAGCUGCAAAACGGAACCCAAUAUAUGUUUUGCAAGGCAAGCUUAUUCGGGCCUCUCGUUUUCGGGCAUUACAGGAGAAAGCAGUGCUGGGGAUCAUCAGGAUUGUGGAGUCUCACCACUUAUUAUGUGCCAUCCUUCAACGGCUCCCGAAAGUUCAAAUCCUACUACUACUAGAACUGAUGCCGUCUUGCGUUACAAGGAGAAGAAAAAGGCCCGAAAGUUCGAGAAGAAAGUGAGGUAUGCAUCACGCAAGGCAAGAGCAGACGUGAGGAGACGUGUGAAGGGACGUUUUGUCAAGGCUGGUGAUGCUUACGAUUAUGAUCCCUUGAUCCCAACCCGAAGCUGCUGAGAAGCUCCAAACACAUUCAUGAUGGAAAAAAAAAAGGGUUAAUUGCUGUUGAUGAGAAAGAAGUUGAGUCUAUUUAUAAUAAUAUAUGUACAUACUGUUGUAACUUCUUCCCUGAUCGACCAUAUAGAACGAACAAGUUGGAAUGAGAUAGAUUUUUCGGGAAAUUGAAGGGAAUAAAUCGUGUUCAAAACAGAAUAAUGGAUUAAAAGACCAUAAACUAUUCAGCAGCCGAGAGCUUAUUUCCCAAGAGGACGUUGUAUUUAUAGUUUAUUCUUUUUCUUGUUCAACGGGUCAAGACCUCCAUUGUAGUUUUUGAGUGUGUAUGUAAACAAAUUGAGACCUGUUAAUUUUGUAACUUAAAUCCUUAUAGUAGUGUGCCCCUCAAUUUGGACAAAAAUGGCUCAAAUUUGUACAUCAUUCAGCUGCUUGCUAAUAAACAUAUUUACAUCCGUAUUGUGCCUACAUGCUUUUUUGAAGUGUUCGAUUAUGGGAUCUAUCAGUUUGUCUAAAUAUUUGAUACACUCUACCAAAUUCUAACAGAAGAACAC